CGGGGCGCGGCGCCGGCGGUGAUGCGGCCAUGGCGUCGCGGCGCGUGACGCGCAAGUGGGAGGUGUUCGCGGGCCGCAACCGCUUCUGGUGCGACGGGCGCCUGAUGACGGCGCCCCAGCCCGGCGUGUUCGCGCUCACGCUGACGCUCAUCUGCGGCACGUGUGCGUUGCACUUCGCCUUCGACUGCCCCUUCCUGGCGACGCGCGUGUCGGGCGCGGUGCCGGCGCUGGGCGCGGCGCUGUGCGGCGCCACGCUGGCCGCGCUGCUUCGCACGGCCCUCAGCGACCCCGGCAUCAUACCGCGCGCCGCCCCCGCAGAGGCGGCCGCGCUGGAGCCGCCCGACGCCGGCCGGCCGCCGCCGCGCGCGCGCGAGGUGCUCGUGCGCGGUCGCCCCGUCAAGCUGAAGUACUGCUUCACGUGCAAGAUGUUCCGCCCGCCGCGGGCCUCGCAUUGCUCGCUCUGCGACAACUGCGUGGACCGCUUCGACCACCAUUGCCCCUGGGUGGGCAACUGCGUGGGAAAGCGCAACUACCGCUACUUCUACGCAUUCGUGGUGUCGCUGUCGUUCCUGGCGGUGUUCGUCUUCGCGUGCGCGGUGGCGCAUCUGGCGCUGCUGGCGCGCGGCGCGGGCCUGGCCGCGGCACUGCGCGCCUCGCCCGCCUCCGCCCUCGUGGCCGCCGUCUGCUUCCUGUCCGUGUGGUCGGUGCUGGGUCUGGCCGGCUUCCACACCUACCUCGCCUCCACCGACCAGACCACCAACGAGGACAUCAAGGGGUCGUUCUCGAGCCGCGGCGGCGUGGCCAGCCCCAACCCGUACUCGCGCGGCAACGCCUGCGCCAACUGCUGGCACGUGCUGUGCGGACCCCUCGCACCCAGCCUCAUAGACCGACGCGGCGUGGUGACCGCGGAGGGCGAGCUGCCGGCCGGGUUCGCGCCCGUCGCGCCCCCCGCGCCCGUCGCACCCGCCGCGCCCGGCGCCCCCCACCCCGCGGCCACAUUCAUCACUGCGCCGCAUCACGGUUGCGACAUGACGCCGCGUCACGCCUACAUGAACCACAGCCUGGACCUGGACCCCGUGCCGCUGCAAGAGAUAUGCAUCGGCGGAGGGCGGCACGAGGCGCGGCACGAGGCGCGGGGCGGCUCGCGGGGCGCGCCGGGCGGCGGUCUCAGCGCCUCGCGCCUGAGGCUGCUGCACGACACCACAAUGAUCGACGCCGCGCUCGACCUGGACGAGCCCGACGCGCCCCCUGCGCUGCACGCGCCCCCCGUGUCGCACGCGCCCCCCGCGCUGCACGCGCCCCCCGUGUCGCACGCGCCCCCCGCGCUGCACGCGCCCCCCGUGUCGCACGCGCCCCCCAUGUCGCACGCGCCCCCCGCGCUGCACGCGCCCCGCGUGCACGCCGCGCCGCUCGCAGUGCACGUGCUAUGA